AUGGGCAAUAAAUUUAAAAUGGAGUCGCCUAAGCAUUUGGUGGAUGAUGUGCUUUUCAUAUCACCCACCAACGAUGGAGCAGAAGACAAGCCUGCAGAAGUCACGUUUGAGGAAGAUGAAGGUCAUGACGCCAGCUUGCAUAACCGCAGCCAUGACAAGAAGUCAGAUAUGGCCACCGAGCGAGAAAUUAUGGCCACCACCACGGACGACGAUGGGAUCCCGUCUCCCUCUCACCCAAUGGAAAAGCGUGUUCUCCGCAAAAUGGACAUAUACUUGAUCCCGCUCAUGGGAUUGCUGUACUUCCUUUCCAACCUGGAUAAAUCGAACAUUGGUAAUGCAGAAGUUGCAGGGCUGUCUAAGGAUAUUAAACUUGUCGGGACACAGUACAACACAUGUGUUACUGUGUUUUUUGCGACUUAUGUGCUUUUUGACCCCAUAGGUACCAACCUUCUGAAAGUCAUGGGUCCGCCACUAAUGAUGAGUAUUUGUUUGACUUGUUUUGGUGCUAUCUCGCUGGGGACCGCUUGGGUUAAGAACUAUCCUCAAUUGAUCGUUGUCAGAUUGCUACUGGGUGCCUUUGAAGGUAUGAUUUAUCCUGCUAUUAACAUGUACCUUUCCGUUUGUUAUAGAAGAGAACAAUACGCCCUAAGGUUCGCCUUCGUCUUCAGUGCGGCCUGUCUGUCUUCAUCCUUUGGUGGGCUGAUCGCUUACGGUUGUUCCAAGGUCAGCGGCUCUCUAAAUGCCUGGCAAUACAUUUACAUUGUGGAAGGUUGCAUCUCCUUGGGGUUUGUACCUUUCUAUGCCUUCGGGCUGAGCAAAAACUUGGAGGACUCGUGGUUUUUCAAUAAAGAGGAAAAAGAGUAUAUUUUUGAAAGGUACAAGACCAUGAGCACUUUCAACCCGGACGAAAAAUUCGAAUGGUUCCAAGUGUGGCAAGCUGUUAAGGAUGUCAAGACCUGGGCUAGUGCGGUGGCUUUAUUCGGUAUUGAUUUGACUACUUUCGGUCUAACUGUUUUCUUGCCCAUCAUCAUUACCAGUAUGGGGUUCACUAACGUUAGAGCGCAGUUGAUGACCGUCCCCAUCUAUUUCCUCACAGCAAUUGUGUUCUUUGUUUGUGCUGUUUGGUCUGAUCGCAUAAAAUUAAGAUCUCCAUUCAUUUUAGGUGCUUGUCUAACCACGUCGAUUGGUAUAUCCAUCGUCCUCGGUUCUGAAGUUCACGGUGUAAGAUACUUUGGUGUUUACAUUCUCUGUAUGGGUAUUUACGUCAAUGCCGCUUGUAACUGUCUGUGGUUGAGUGGUAAUACCGGUAAUUACUUCAAAAGAGCCACCGCUUUAGGUAUAAACCUAUUCAUGGGGUCUGGUUCAGGUUUGGUCUCGGGGCAGAUUUUUGUUGCUAAAGACAAACCGAGAUACAUUAAAGGUUUAUCCAUUAGUUUGGCCUUCCAAGUCUUCUCCAUAUUCAUGACAAUCGUACAGAUUUUCUUAUACAAGAGGGAAAAUGAUAAAAAGAAAGCAAUUAUCGAUCGUUGUAAUGAAUUGGGCGAACCUAUUCCAUACGAUGAGAGAUUAAGCGAUAAAAAUCCCGAGUUUAAAUACAUGUACUAG